AUGGAUCACUCUUGUGUUGGGAUUGCCGUACAUGACGGUUGGGUAGUGCCGUAUAACUCCGCACUUUUAUUGAAAUACGAGGCCCACAUCAAUUUGGAGCUGGCGUCUACUCGCCGCGUGAUUAAGUACCUCUUCAAAUAUCUUAUGAAGGGAGGAUCUCUCCAGAACGUUACAGUAACUCCCUUCAGUAAGCAGGAUGAUGAGGUACAGCAUUACGUGACGAAGAGAAUGGUGGGUGCCAGUGACGCGUGCUGGCGUUUGUUAAACUUUCCUGUCUCAGAAUCUGAACCGACUGUUGAAUGUCUUCCCGUCCAUCUGGAGGGCAAGCAGUCCGUCCUGUUCAGACCAGGCCAACUGGCAGCGGCAGCCGCUAGGAACAGCUCCAAACUUACAAUCUACUUCGACCGGCCUCGUAUUUCACUGUUUGACGACGUGACAUAUCAGGGUUUUUAUGAAACGUUUGUGGUCCACGUCAAGCGCCCUAAAACUGCGGAGAUAUACGAGCACCCUGACGGCGUCCAUUUUAUCACGGCCCGCCAGCGCGGCGAGAAAGUGUGCAGACUGUUUUGGGUCUCUCCGAGCAGGACUGAACAGUAUUACCUGCGUAUCCUACUGAUGACUGUUGCUUGCCGUGGUUAUGCCGACCUCCUGUCCCGCGGUGGGCCGAACUGCCGCACUUUUCAAGAGGUCGCGCGGCAUCUUGGCUUGGUGCAAGAUGAACAGGAGUACCACUACGCGCUGCGCGAGGCCGCCACUUUCAUGACUGGCCCGAGACUUCGUUCUUUCUUUGUGAUCCUCUGCAACAUGGGAGCUCCCGCAGCUCUCCUGUGGGAUGCAUUCCGUGAUUCCAUCUGCGAGGACCACAUUGAACGUAAUCCUCUCGAUGUUGAACUGGCCUACAAGCUAGGUCUCAUCGAGAUUGAUCGUAGUCUCCGUCGGCAGGGCUCUUGCGUCGCAGAUCACGGCCUCCCCGAUGUACACGAUGACACGACGGAGUUGGGCAGAGAACUGCUCUUACACGGCGAAAAUCAACAGAGAGCGUUUGUGGAGGAGUGGGUGCCAAAGCUCUCUGAAGACCAACACCGUGUAUUUGAGUACGUUACCUCCGUUCUCAAUGCCCCAGCCAGCGGAACGUCGUCGAAAAUCAUUUUCCUUGACGGUCCGGGUGGCUACGGAAAGACCACUCUUAUUCGUGUCAUUCUCGCAUACGUGAGAGGUUGUCGUCAGGUUGCACUGGCAGUCGCCAGCUCUGGGAUCGCCGCGGGUAACAUGCCUGGUGGGACUACAGCUCACAGCAUGUUCCGGUUGCCACUCGACUUCGGUGACGGCACCGGCUUUUGGAAUAUCACCAACGGCUUUCAGCGAGCAGAGCUCAUCAGGGCUGCAAGGCUUAUUGUCUUCGAUGAGGCCCCGAUGGCACAUCGGUUUGUUUUCGAGGUUCUCGACAGAUCCCUGCGAGACCUCAUGCGUUCCAAUGAGCUAUUCGGUGGCAAAAUCUUCCUCUGCUGUGGCGACUUCCGCCAGAUCGCACCCGUCGUUGUGAACGCUCGAACGCCAUCUGACAUAGUUUGUGUUUCUCUUCGGGCUUCCCAUCUGUGGCAGCAUUUCAAAAUUUUUGCCCUGACGACAGCUCAUCGGACUAGUGGUUCCACAGCCUAUUCCGAAUUCCUUCUUGAGGUAGGCAACGGGACUGUCAGUUCGACAACUUUCUUGGAGGGACGGAACGAACAAAGUCUAAUUCCGCUGCACGGGAUUAGACAAGUGACGUCUUUGACUGAUUUGGUCGAUUCCGUCUUUCCCGCAAACGUCCUACUCGACUCUGAUAUGUGUUCGCGACGCGCAAUCCUCUCGACUCUGAUAGUGAACGUCAAGGAGAUCAACGACCACAUCUUGAACUCCCUUGACGGUCAUCUGUACGAGCUGAGGAGCGCCGACACAGUGGACAGAGAGAACGACGAUGGCCUGGAUGUCGACGUUCAACUCCUGAACACGGCUACUGGCAAGGGCGUACCAGACCAUGUUCUGCGGCUGAAGAUCGGCUCUGUUUGCCUCAUUAUGAGGAACCUCAACAUCGCUGAAGGACUCGUCAACGGCACUAAAGUCAUCGUAAUCGGCAUCACCAACCGCCUGAUUACAGUGAGACUUCCCGGACAGACGCAACCUAUCGGAAUUCCCCGGAUUACCUUUACUUUUGCGUUUGUUGAGGGUUCGCCGUUACGUGUUCGUCGACGUCAGUUCCCACUGAUGUUGGCCUAUUGCAUGACCGGACACAAGAGCCAAGGUCAGACAAUAGAUUCAGUCGGUGUUGAUUUACGGACCGAUUGCUUCACGCACGGGCAACUUUACGUCUUGCUCAGUAGGGUCAGACAUCCAGACCAUAUUGUUGUUCUCGUACACCCCGAACGUGUCCGAGAUGAAAUCGCAUACGCAAAGAACAUCGUGUAUGGCGAUCUCCUUCUCUAA